AUGGGAAGAAUUCGGGAAGAGUUUAGAAACACAUGUCCACCAGCAUGGACCCAGCGCGGACUUUGUUUGGAGCACGGCGAAUUAUGGAAACGCUGGUGCGAUCCCUCCUUACAAAAUCGGGUUGCCAAUAUGCAUACUCCCGAUUGGCCUACUUUCGAGGCCAAGUAUCUGUACUCUGUUUUUUCAGCUUUUCAGAAUAUUGGUUGGGAGAAAGGGGUGCUCGACGCGAAAUGGGAUGAAUAUCACAGAACUUACGCAGCAACGGCUGCGACCCUUGAAGCUUACAAGGAAGCAUUGAACCGGCGCGACGCAGAUUUUCACAGCCGUAACGCAGCGUUCCAAGCGUAUGUGGAACAGGCGAGGCAAGAACUCGAGCGCCGAGACCAACAGCUGGAGGCCAAAUCACAGGAAUUAUCGCGUUAG